CGAUGACUUCGGCCUUGACUGAGGUUGCGUUACCAGAUGAGAUUGCUCUCCCUUCUGCUUUGAAUCUCGUGACCGCCUCAUCAUCAUCUUCAUCUUCUACGCAAACAACACCAACUAUUAAAGGGUCGACAAACGAGACAGGAGAAGUUAGAAAAGCGUAAUGGCUCUUCGGCUAUGAGACAUCGGAAGUCAUGGAUGGUAGACCGCGGGUAACCGCCUUCUCGCUUCUCGGAGUCGCUUUGUUAUUGUGGCUGUUUUCUGGAAGGAGCUCCUGCAAACCUGUGGGGAAAUGUGCGGGCAACAAGCCGUGCCAGUCUCCGAGACCUCCGGUGGUCCUCAUUCCGGGAGACCUGGGAAACCAACUGGAGGCCAAGCUGGAUAAACCCAGUGUGGUUCAUUACAUUUGUUACAAGAAGACAGACUCCUUCUUUACUUUAUGGCUCAACCUGGAGCAACUUGUGCCUGUUGCCAUUGACUGUUGGAUGGACAACAUAAGGCUGAUCUACAACAGAACCACACACACCACCUCAUCGCCUCCCGGGGUGAACAUCACCGUGCCGGGAUUUGGCCAGACAUCCUCGAUGGAGUAUCUGGACCCUAGUAAACGUGGUGUGGGGAUGUAUUUCUUUAAUAUCGCACAGGCACUGGUGGACUGGGGCUACACUCGAGGUGAUGACGUGAGAGGUGCCCCCUAUGAUUGGAGGAAAGCACCCAAUGAGAACAAGGAUUACUUCCUGGCAUUACAGAAAAUGAUCGAGGAGAUGGCGACGAAUGCGGGCGGGCCCGUGGUUUUGAUUGCCCACAGUAUGGGCAACAUGUACACAUUGUACUUCCUCAACCAGCAACCUCAAGCCUGGAAAGACAAACACAUUAAAGCGUUCAUCGCUCUGGGAGCGCCGUGGGCUGGCGUGGCCAAGACACUGCGUGUGAUCACCUCUGGCGACAAUAACAACAUCCCUGUCAUCAGACCGCUGAAGAUCCGCACUCAGCAACGUACAGCCGUGUCCACCUCUUGGCUCCUUCCUUAUUCCCACACCUGGCCUAAAGAUAAGGUUUUGAUCCAGACCCCCACCAUCAACUAUACCGUGAUGGACUACAAGCGACUAUACUUUGACCUCGGUUUCGAAGACGGCUGGCUGAUGCGUCAGGAUACGGAGUCGCUGCUCUUUGACCUCACACCCCCGGGCGUGCCCGUCCACUGCUUGUACGGCUCGGGGGUUCCCACCUCGGAAGCCUUCCAGUACAACUCCAAGUUCCCCGACGUGGAUCCCACUGUGGUGAUGGGCGAGGGCGAUGGGACAGUCAACCUGCUGAGCGCCAUGCAGUGCAAACGCUGGGUGGGUAGGCAGAAACAGCCGGUCACCUUGCACGAGCUUCCUGGGAACGAGCACGUCAACAUGCUGCUCAACGUCUCCACCGUGGCCUACAUCAAGAAGGUGCUCUUCUAGACUGCGGCAAGUUUGCCAACAUACAGAAGAACUCGUCUCGUCCAUUGUGCUGUUCAUCUUGACAUUUGCGCUGCUCUGUCAUUUGCUCGUGUGUACAAACGUGGGCGCAGCAGUGACCUUUUAACCUCCUGUAACAUCCAUUCGUGUUAUCUAAUUAAUGGCUGCUGCCCAAGUACUUUUUUUAAAUUAAAGAAAUUGUCAAUAAAUUUUGUAUCGUCAGAAUGUUUACGGCUGAAUCCUUUAGCUGUCCAAGAAGACAUUCAGAGUGCAGUUAAUUUGAUCAAGGAGGCAAAGCAAGGUGAAUGGAUAUAUAGCAUAUACUUCAUUCAGAUUUGAUCUUUAAAUCGGUCCAUAUUUUUAACAGUUUUUAAUCGUGUUUUCCCCAAAUUUUAAAUAUAAUUUGGAUUUAUAGGAGCUUCUGUGGCCUUUUACAUUUGUGUUCAUUUAGUGUGAUAUACUAUAAAUUCAGUUUUAAAUAAAUUCGGAUUUAUGUUUAUGAUUCAACACUCCAUAGUCCCUAAAUCAGGGAUUAUGAAUAUCAUAACAUAACAACUCUAAGGAAGAAACUUUCCAGAUGUUGAAAAGCUGUCAUAUCAUAAGUUGUCAUAUCAGUACAUGUUUUUGGGUUUGUUCGUCAGGACUGUUAAGGUCCCAACUGUUUCUCAUAUUUAACAUGAACUACACACUGGUUGCUGAUUAUUAUAUUUGUGUUUAAGAAGUAUUUUUAGGAAUACGUGUCUAAGAAUAUUUGGUUCUGUCGCUUAGAUUCUAUACUCGUCCCAGUAAACACUAAAGACUUAAUAUUUGGGUUGGUUCGUCAAACUAAAAUAUUGUCUACCUGGUUGAUUUGUAUGAAAUUGAUUUGACAGAACAUGGCACGCUGUUUUUUUUUUGUUGGAAAUCAAAUGACAUUAAGCCUUUGCAUGCUGCCUUUUAUUAUAUCGCAAUUUGAGAUGAUUUUUUUUGGCUCAAGACAAUCAAGUGUUGUGCUUCUCCAAAGGUGAUUGUGCUCGUGGUAAUGACGUCAUUCUCUAACUGGAGUAAUUGUAUUACCUGACUGAACAGUCAAUUAAAUACUACCAGUGAUAAA